AUUGGAUGACAACCGCGUUUGUUUGGGUGCUCAAACGACAAAUCAUGAAUCCUCUGCUGAUAGUCGAUUUUUCCUCUAUAAAAUCUCAGCGGACACUCCACCAGUUGAGCAUACAGAGAAUUCUUUCUCGUCUCGCUUUACACCCAACAAUGGCUUCCCUGCCAUUCUCCUCUUCCUUGCUUUUUUUCUUCUCUGCUGCUUUCCUUGGCUCCCACUCUGUUUCACAUGCGCAGCUGACGACGAAUUUCUAUUCCACGUCCUGUCCACUUGCGCUAACCUCGAUCCAGGCGGUGGUUACAGCAGCAGUGCUAGUAGACCCCAGGAUGGGUGCCUCUCUAGUUCGCUUACACUUCCAUGACUGCUUUGUCAAUGGAUGCGAUGCAUCGGUGCUCUUGGACGACUCCGCAACUAUCCAGAGCGAGAAGAGUGCGCCUCCAAAUAUGAACUCGUUGAGGGGAUUCGAGCUCGUCGACACCAUUAAAGCUGCACUGGAGGUACUUUGCCCUCGUGUGGUUUCUUGUGCAGAUAUUCUGGCAGUUGCUGCCCGCGACUCGGUCGCAAUGCUUGGUGGCCCCAACUAUGCGGUGAUGCUAGGGAGGAGAGACUCACUUAUAGCAAACCAAAGUGGUGCCAGUACUGACCUUCCUCCUCCCUCUUUCAGCUUGACUCAGCUCAAUACAUCCUUCGCUCAAAAAAAGCUGAGUUUCCAAGACAUGGUUGCUCUCUCAGGCGCUCAUACAUUCGGGAGAGCGAGGUGCGUAAAUUUCCGCGACCACUUGAACGAGAGCAACAUUGAUCCAGCCUUUGCUGCGACUCUGAGACCUUCUUGCAGCAAUUCUUCGGCCGACGACAAUAAUUUGGCGAAUCUGGAUGUCUCAACUCCAAAUGCCUUCGAUAAUGCAUAUUACAGAAACCUGCUGAACAGGCGGGGCCUUCUUCACUCUGAUCAAGAGCUCUUCAAUGGAGGCGCUGCUGACGCAAUAGUGAGGACCUACAGCACAAGCCCCACGGCCUUCUUCACUGACUUCGGCAACGCCAUGAUCAAGAUGGGCAACAUAAGUCCCCUUACUGGAACCAGUGGACAGAUAAGGCUGAACUGCAGAAGAGUCAACUAGAUCUACCGCUUGGCCACAUUUUCCUUGUGUUCCUUCUGUUGCCAAUCUCUGCGUUCUGUUCUGCGUGUGGAGCUCUUGUAGAAGAUUUCACAAUAAAGCCAAGGAUUGGUCUUGAUAGAGCGCUGUUCCUUGACUAUUUGCCAUUGUGGUGGCUUCCGUAAAAGAUAGGGACAUGCCAACAAUGAGUUCACUUGAUAUCUUCAACUUAAAAAAUUCAAGAGUUAGUGCACCUCCAUUGGCGUAAUCAACUUCAUGGUCAGUGUCUGCCGUUUGGGUGAUCUCACGAUUGUGCCUCUUCA